CACACACACACACACAUACGCAGUGAAAACCAGAAGUGAAGUACGUCCUUGUUGACAGGAACAAAUCGUGACGACGUCGACUUUCGACAUCCAAAUGUAAAGACGCACCCAUGGAUCUUAGCGAGGAGGAAUCGGCCCCGCUGAUGAACAGAGACAGGGGAGGCAGCCAGCGGUCCAGCUCAAGCACCGGUCCUAGCUUACAAGUCCACCUUUACUACUUCCCUGCCACAAAAGGCACAACAACGGUACACAUUUCAUCUGGUCAGAUCUCGGCUGAACAAGUCUGCAUCCAAGCAGGGAAAAAAUGUGGAAUCCUACCGGUGUACCAAAGCCUUUUUGGUCUGGAGUCUGCAGAUCUCUCAUUCUGGUAUCCUCCAUCACACGUGUUCAACACGGAAGAAAACCUACAAGUCCACUUCAGAGUCAGGUUUUUCUUUGGAAACUGGUUUGGGCAAGGAGCGAAAACGUCCUAUCGCUACAGUCUGACCAGAGACAGAGUCAACCCAGUGCUUGACUGCUGUGUCAUUGAUUAUCUCUUUGCUCAACUACGAAGUGACUUUAUCGCCAGCGAAGCAGGUGUUUCUCCACCUUUAAGUGCCCAGGAAGAAUGCCUUGGCCUUGCUGUACUGGAUUUGUGGAGAAUGGCUAAAGAACGGCAUCAGAGUGUCAGAGAACUCUGCAAAAGUGUCAGCUACAAGUCCUGUCUUCCUAAAUCACAUCGUCAUGAAAUUCAGAAACGGAACCGUUUGGAUCGCUAUCGAAUCAGAAACACCCUCAAGCGUUUCUUAAAGAAAAUUGGAAACUGCUCUGUGGAUGAGUGCAGCUUGAAGGUCAAGUACCUGAUUGAACUGGCUGACAUUGUCCCGACUCUAGGAACCGAAACCUUCCAAGUGGAUUCUUUGGCUCCGCAGUCAAAGUCGACGUUCACUCUCAUACGGGUAACUGGGGAAACUGGAAUUCACACCGCUGGGAGUUCUAAUCCAGACAGUGCCCUGGAGUGGCAGACUUUCUGUGAUUUCCAAGAAAUCACAGACAUUAACAUAAAGAGGCUGUGUCAUGAGCAGGUUCCACAAGACAGCAGACUGGUGACAAUAACCCGCAAAGAUGACAGAUGCCUGGAAGCCAGAUUCCAGAGCCUCAAAGAAGCAUUUUCAUUUGUGUCUCUUGUUGAUGGCUACUUCAGGCUGACCACAGACUCCAGCCACUACUUCUGCCAAGACAUUGCUCCACCAAGUAUUCUAGAGAGCAUAAAGAACCACAGUCAUGGCCCGAUCACAUCAGAGUUUGCUGUCAACAAACUGAAAAAGUCAGGAUGUAAAGGUGGUUCAUUCCUUCUGCGGCAGAGUCCAAAAGACUAUGACAACUUUUUCCUCACUGUUUGCGUUCAGACCCCACUCGGACUUGAUUAUAAAGACUGUCUGAUAAUAAAGAAUCAGCACUGCAGUCUCCCUGGUGUCCAGAAAACAUUUUCCAGUCUGCGAGAGCUCACUAGAUAUUAUCAACACACCAAACUACUGUUGGCUGACGUCCCCGUCAAGUUAGGCCGCUGCUGUCCACCAAGAGCCAAAGAGCGUACAAAUCUCACCAUCAUACGGAACGGCACCUCUGUAGAAGCCCAUGGGUCUCCGACUCCUGAGAGAAACAAAUUCAGUCAUAUCCAGUUCCACAUGAUCAAAUAUGAAGACCUAAAAUGGGAGGACAGCCUGGGUCAGGGAUCCUUCACUCGAAUCUUUAAAGGCUCCAAAACAGAUGUUCAUGAUGGAGACAAACAUGUGACAGAUGUUCUACUAAAAGAGCUGGAUGUUGUUCACAAGAACUGCUGGGAGUCUUUCUUUGAAGCUGCCAGCUUGAUGAGCCAGAUUUCACAUAAGCACCUCCUCCAUGUCUAUGGCGUCUGUGUUCAUGGCGUAAAAAACAUCAUGGUGCAGGAGUUUGUCAAGUAUGGGGCUCUUGACCUCUACUUGAAAAGAGGAAGAUCUAUGUCAGUGAGCUGGAAACUUGAUGUAGCUAAACAACUCGCAUCUGCCCUCAACUUUCUGGAAGGGAAAAACAUAGUUCAUGGAAAUAUCUGCACCAAAAAUCUGCUGCUUGCCAGAGAAGGUGACACGACACAGGGCAACUCUCCCUUCAUCAAGCUGAGUGACCCAGGCAUCAGUGUGGCCAUGCUGGGCAAGGAUGUGAUCCUGGACAGAGUCCCCUGGGUGGCUCCUGAGGUGCUUGAUGCACCAGAAAACCUGACCCUGGAGUGCGACAAGUGGAGUUUUGGUGCCACUGUGUGGGAAAUCUUCAACAAUGGAAAUGCUCCACUGAAAGGCUGGGACCUGAACAGGAAGCAGCAGUUUUAUGAGCGUUUUCAGCAGCUGCCUCCGUCCCAGUGGACAGAGCUCGCUGAUCUGAUCAGCCAGUGUAUGGAAUACCAGGCAGCCUUCAGACCAUCAUGUCGCAGUAUAAUCCGUCAGCUCAACAGUCUGAUCACUUCAGACUAUGUGAUACUACAUGCCACAGAGCCCGUCACACAGAGCCCUGUGUGGCGAGCAUUCGACCUGCCUCAGCAUGACCAAAUGUUGUAUGAGGAGCGACAUCUAUGUUACAUCUCUCCAUUAGGAAAAGGAAACUUUGGAAGUGUUGAACUUUGUCGUUAUGACCCACUGGGUGAUAAUACUGGAGAGUUGGUGGCUGUGAAGAAGUUGCAGCCCAACAAGCAGUCAACCCUGGAGGACUUCCAGAAGGAGGUCAACACCCUCAGCGCUUUGCACUGCGACUACAUCGUCAAGUACAGAGGAGUCUGCUACAGCAUGGGUCGCCUCAGUAUGAGCUUGGUAAUGGAAUACCAUCCAUACGGCAGCCUGAUUGGCUACAUGGAGAAUAACCGGCACAACGUCAAUGUCAGGAGAAUGCUGCUCUUUGCCUCUCAGAUCUGUAAGGGGAUGGAGUACCUGCAGACCCGGCGUUAUGUGCACAGAGACCUUGCAGCCAGAAAUAUCCUUGUGGCCAGUGACACGCUGGUGAAAAUAGCUGAUUUUGGGUUGACCAAGAUUAUUCCUUUUGAUAAGGAGUACUAUCGCGUCACAAAGCCUGGAGAGAGCCCCAUCUUCUGGUACGCACCAGAGUCUAUCAGUGAGUCCAGGUUCUCCCACAAGUCAGAUGUCUGGAGUUUUGGAAUAGUUCUUCAUGAGCUCUUCUCCUACUGUGACAUGAACUUAAACCCAAAAAGGCUCUGUAUGCAGGAGCUGGGUCACGGCAUGCACAGUGCUUCUAUUUCUAUGCAUCUGGCAAACAUUCUGAAGAAUCACUGGAGGUUGCCCCCUCCCCCACACUGCCCCCCCAGGGUAUACAACUUGAUGCAGCAGUGCUGGGCGUACGACUUUGAUGAGAGGCCAAGUUUCUCCAACCUGGGAAACCAAAUAGAAGCUGUCAUGCAGGAUGAGAGAGAGAAUCCUAAAGGCUGACAAGACAUUACGGAAGACAACUUGGAUCACAAACUGGAUUUCCCCUGAAUUCCGCUUUAUCAGUUUGUUUAAAGAUGCUACUUUAUUGAAGAUUUAUGUUACAAGGCUAAAUAUAUAUUUUACAUUACAGAUUCUGUAGCUCUUACAGCUCUUACAGCCUUAUGUUACAAGGCUAAAUAUAUAUUUAACAUUACAGAUUCUUUAGCUCUUACAGCACUUUGGUCAGCCAAGGCUGUUUUUAAAGGGCUUUAUAAAUAAAGUUGAGUUAUUUAUAUUGUUGUACCACUGUGAUAAAUCAAAUUAAAGUAACAUUAAAUACUCAAGAAAAUACUGUCAAAAGAAUUGAAGGAAAUAAAAGAUCAUGAGACACCCAA